UCUUCCUUCGUGGAAAACUCCUCCAUCGCCAACUUAAGAAUUGAUAACUCAGCGCACUACACCGGCCUAUUCGGUUCCUGAAGCAGGACAGGUGUUAACUAGUUAGCACUAACCACGGAGGGGCAGACUGCAGCGCCCACCCCGCGGCUCUCAGCCCCGCCCCAGCCUCGCGCUGUUCGCUACCAAGGGACGGGGCGUGGUCAGAAUCUUGCUCAGGAAGCUGCCCGAGUUGUGGUAACUCUCGCGGGAAGAGGCGUCGUCGCCUCGGUAACGGCGUCGUGGAGGCGAAAGAUGGCGGGGCGAAGUGUUGGCCUCAGGAGUCGGAGCGUUUCAAGGACUCCGCUCCCGCCACGCGUUCAGCAACCUGCUACACCUCGUCGGGACCUCCUCGCCAAGGAGGAGGAAUAUAAGCGUUUAAAUGCAGAAUUAGAGGCAAAAACGGCUGAUCUUGUUCGACAAGCCGAGGAAGUAAUAAGAGAUCAGCAAGAAGAAAGAUCUAAGUCUAUUUCAACACAAAUUAAAUCAUAUGAAGAGGAAGAUGAUUACAGUUUAAGAGGUCCAUUAUUGUCUGAAGGGACAGUUCAUUUACAUUCAGAAACUAAGCCAAAGACCAAAAACGAUACAAUAAACAAAGGUCAAAACAAACUACACUCUUCAAGUAAAGGAAAGAAAAAAAAUUCAAGUAUAAAAUUGAAAUACUCUGAUGUACAAACUGCCAAUGAUGUUGCCAUUCUGGAGGAUUUCUCAGACUUCUCUCUUGCAAAAACAAUUAGCAAAAUUGAAGGGCAACUGGAGGAAGAAGGCUUACCUGAUGUUAUAGAUGAUGAUAUUUUUUGUGGUGUUAGUAAAGACAUUGGAACAGAAGCACAGAUCAGAUUUCUAAAGGCCAAACUCCGUGUUAUGCAGGAGGAAUUGGAUAAUGUUGUGUGUGAAUGCAGUAAAAAGGAGGAUGAAAUUCAGGAUUUAAAGUCUCAACUGAAAAAUUUUGAAGAAGAUUGUGUGAGACAGCAGCGAACAGUUAAUUUACAACAGUCUCAAACGGAAAAAUAUAAAGCUCUUUUCGAAGAAGCAAACAGAAAAUGUGAUGGAUUACAGCAACAGUUGUCUUCAGUAGAAAGGGAAUUAGAAAAUAAAAGAAGACUGCAAAAACAGGCUACCACUAGUCAAAGCGCCAUGGAAGUUCGCUUGAAUCGAGCUCUGGAAGAAGCAGAAAAGUAUAAACUGGAGUUAAGUAAAUUAAGGCAAAAUAACAAGGAUGUAGCAAAUGAAGAACACAAAAAAAUUGAAAUGUUAAAAGCAGAAAACAAGAAGCUAGAAAAACAAAAAGGAGAAUUAAUGAUAGGGUUCAAGAAACAAUUAAAAUUAAUUGAUAUUUUAAAAAGGCAGAAGAUGCAUAUUGAAGCUGCUAAGAUGUUGUCUUUCACUGAAGAAGAGUUUAUAAAGGCACUUGAAUGGGGAAAUUAGUAAGUGAUCUACUUUUCGCCUACAGUAUGUGGUGGAUAUAUAUACCCUUUAAGUUUUAAUGGUUUGAAUUAUUUUUACAUGUAAUGAAGAUAUUUGAUAAUGAAAUCAAAAUAAUUCCAAAUUUCCUAUUUAAAUUUGGGUAUACAAAAUUGAUAUCUAAUUAUUAGAAAAUAUCUUGUAAAACAAAGUAACAGGAGUUUAACUUUUGAUUCUGUUAUCGCUCUUAUGACCUUCUAGCCAUUGUCAACUUCUUCUGAGUAGAAUAUUUUAUGUUCUAGAGAUUUAGCUCUAGUUUGUGAAUGGUGUUUAUCUGAAAGUCUGUUUCUAUAUUCUUACUGACAAUUAAGUGCAUUAGGUAAUAAAGCACUUUAAAAUUCCCCUUUACUUUUCUCUCUACUGUACAGUGGACAGGGAAAGAUUUCCCUGGCCAAAUCAGGGAAGUAAAGUUCCUAAACACAGAGACAAAAGUGGUAUGGAGAGGUCAGUCUCCUGGGUUUAGCCUAUGAUAUGGAGUUUGGUUUAGAACUCAGAUCUUCAAAUUAUCAGUACAAAAACAAUAGUUUGAUUAAAUGUAAUUAACUUUGCAGUUAAAAUAUACUCAAGUAAUUUAAUUUUUAUCAGAAAACAAAUGUUUUCUUAUAGAUAACUGUUUACAAAUCAUGAAAUCAAAGAUGUUUUAGAAAAUCCAGAGACAAUGGAUUCCUACUCUCACUGAGCUGGAAAACAAAAAUUACACUGACAUCUAGUGGUAACAUUCAAGAGUAAGAUUUUACCAAAUCUUGGUAUCACUUCUCUUCACAAUUUUCACUCCUUUUCUGGUACGCCUUCCUAAACUCUUCACCAAGCAUAUCAAUAUCAUCCUCUUUUUUGAAUACUCCCUACAAGAAAAAUAUGUUAUGUAUUACUCUGCCAGAAUAUUUCACUAAAUGUAAGACCAAAAGAUAUAUGGACAUGAAGCUUGUAAGGUUAUCUC